AGGGCAGGCAAUUCAUUUGAGUUGGUGGUGUAACAAUAGCUGCAAAAGUUCGUUUUAAUUAUUAUUGAUUUGUAACUUGUAAGAAACUUGUGAUAGUGUAUUAAGUACUGUUAGAAAAAUUUAUUUGCUUACUUUAGUCGAGCAAUUCAGCUUCGUUUACGACUGUAUGCGUGAUUAAUGUAACAUAAAGUAAUACUUCAUUGAUAGUAACACUAAACCUAACGUUAUAGCUCAUAAGCCUAAUUCACUAAAUAUAAAAAUUCUGGCCCAACCCAGAAUUAAAAGGAAACAGGAGAUGAAACAGUGCAACAAAACUGGCUUUACGUACGCCUAGUUUAUGAAACACCGUUAGUAUUAACGCUAGUAACUGAAGAUUAAAAAUCGAGCGUACUAUUUUAAUUUUAUAACGUAACAGUAACUUGUUAUACAGCUUACAAGUUUAAAUACUAUGCUGAUUUCAGUGAAGAUUUUACAAGGAAAGGAAUGUUCCAUAGAGGGCUAUGAGAUAUUGGGAACCAUCCAAGUUCAAAGGAGCUACAUAUCUGGAAAGCUUGAAGAAUAUUGGGUUUAAAUUGAACUUGAAUGUGGCUGCUAGUACUUCAAUAAAUGAUGUGAAACAGUUGGUGGCACAGCAGCUUGACAUUCCUGUCGAUCAACAGCGACUAGUGUUCAAAGGAAAGACUCUUUCAGAUGGAUCCAGUCUUUGUGACUACAACAUUGUGGAGGGAAAUAAAUUACACCUAUUUGUUAGAAAAGAAGAGAAAGAUGCCAGUAGCAUGAGCCAGUCAACUGUAUUGUGGGAUGAACUGGAAAAUUUUCUUCUCAAACAUUUUACCCCAAAUGAUGCAAAAAAAGUACUAAUGGAGUUUAAGAAGGACUUUACUUCCUCUGUAACCAGCCUCAGCUUAGAUGACAUUGAAAGAAUAGCCAUCACAAAUUUGGAUGUAAAUGCUGUUUUCAGUGAUGAACAUUGUCCACCAUGGUAUCAAGAACUUAGCACAGUUGGAGAGUAAAUGAUGGCAAGCUAGAAGCCAUGCACUUUAAGCUGCAACAAAAACUCUUCAUUCCAUCAUCCGUUUUCACACUAGGUUUAAUUGAAGUGAAGGUUUGUUUGAAAAAAAAAAAAGUAGGUCUAAACUUAUCAGUUCUGGUUUUUCUGUUAGGAAUAUAUAUAUUAUUUUUGUCAUGAAAAUGUUCUGUAACAAAUAUCAAACUAAGUUUAGUUGUUAACUGCAGUGUUGUUUUAUGUCUGUACAAAUUGGUCACAGUCGUCCUAUUCAAAAGUGCAAGGUGAAAAAACAAUUAUGCACCCUAUUUUCUCUUGAUGUUCUCAUGAAUCAUUAUGUCCGUCAAAUGGCUUCAUUAGUUGAAUGUAUAUUCUAAAUGAAUUUAAUAAUACUUGUAGAAAAAAAAAGGGAAAUAAAAUUAUGAUCUUAAAUACUUCUUAAAA